ACUUUGACGCACUACUCAUUUCAUGUUAAAAUAAAUAAAUAAGUAAUUAUUAAAACGUGUAAAUAAAAUAACUCAAAAGUUUGAUGUGAUCAUUUUUUUUUUCUUUUUCCUUCAACACCUUUAACAGUUCAAAUUCCCCCUCUUUCCUCUUGAAUACUGAUCGGUGGUGCAGUUAGCAUGAGUUUUCGAAUUUAGGUCCCUGCAGGGGGCGCCAAAUUCGUCACUGUUGGUCACGUGACUCCCUUAGUUUAAAAUAAGCGUUUACGUUGUUGUUUUGUUUAUUUCAAUACACCAAAUAACCCUACCUCCCCUAGGUGUAAAAACUUUUUUUUAUAUAAAUGCGAGUUUAUUUUAUUUUUUAUUUAUUUUUUUUUGUUGAUUUUCGGCUAAGCUACUUUAUGCACAAUGUUUUCAUAGCCUAAACUCCGCCGGUUGAAGUGAUUCCAGACUUUUGAGUCACAGAAACUCUUUGAACAGGUGACUCUGACGGCACGCGGAACACCUGCUGUUUGGAUAAAUGUCGGAUUUACCGUUCAUUCGCCUUGUGACGUCACCAAUCUCCCUCUUUCCCUCCGUUUCUCCCUCUUUUUGUCUCUCUCUCUGUGCCUCGCGCUCCUUCCCUUCCCGCCGUUCGCGUGCCGUGGAGCGCGCGCGCCACUCUGAAGCUGCCGCUCAGGUUCGCUCCCAGCAGAACCGAUGAGCCGAACGGCGCCGGAUGUGACACCGGAGCCGCCGCGGCACUAGACCCGAAGCGUCCCCGAGGAGGAGGCGGAGGAGGCGGUCAGGGCGGGAGGGUCUCGCGCGCACAAACUUGGGUUGCUGGUUCUCCUGCCAUGAACCAUGAGUGACGGCAGCAGCGGAGCGGGGGGCGUCCAGCCCCUCUGGAACCUGAGCGGCUCUUUGGUCAACCAGUCAUCUGACCUGCUCUCCAACGUCUCGUGUAAUGGCUCCACCAACGACUCGGCGUCCUGCUCCCUGGCCGCCGAGGUGGAAGUCUUUGGAGGAAGUCCGUACAAAACUCUGGAGAUGUUCUUCAUCGCUCUGGUGACGGGCUCUCUCAGCUUCGUGACGGUCACCGGAAACAUUCUGGUCAUGCUGUCCAUCAAAGUGAAUCGCCAUCUGCAGACCGUCAACAACUACUUCCUGUUUUCCCUGGCAUGUGCCGACCUGAUCAUCGGGGUUUUCAGCAUGAACCUGUACACCGUCUACAUCAUCGUCGGGUACUGGCCGCUCGGCCCGGUGGUGUGUGACCUGUGGCUCGCCUUAGAUUACGUGGUCUCCAACGCGUCGGUGAUGAACUUGCUGAUCAUCAGCUUUGAUCGCUACUUCUGCGUCACCAAACCGCUGACGUACCCGACCAGAAGGACCACGAAGAUGGCGGGGUUAAUGAUCGCCGCCGCCUGGAUCCUGUCUUUCAUCCUGUGGGCUCCUGCCAUCUUAUUCUGGCAGUUCAUCGUCGGGCAGCGGACCGUACCGCCCGGGGAGUGCUACAUUCAGUUCCUCUCCAACCCGGCGGUCACGUUCGGGACGGCGAUCGCAGCCUUUUAUCUCCCCGUUGUCAUCAUGACGGUCCUGUACAUCCACAUCUCCUUGGCCUCCAGGAGCCGAGUGUCCAAGCACAAACCUGAAAAGAAAGAGAAGAAAACUCAGAGCCUCCUGAAGAGUCACCUGAUCAAGCAGAACAACAACAACGAGACCAGCCCACAGCCCAGCCCCCGCUGCACCCCCAAACUCAGCGUGGACUCCACCACCACCGCCGUGGAGGCCGUGAAGAAUGGCAGGGUGGAGGAACCAAAACCUGCUGGGUCAGAACCUCCAGCACAGCCCAGCCCCAGACUCACCCAGGAGGAAAAGGAGAGCUCCAACGAUUCGUCCACGGCCUUCAUCCCUCCCACAGAAACAAAGAACAAGCUUGAGGUCACGCCUGAGGCUCCAACAAAUCCCGCCCCAGUUGUUUCAACAACAUCCAACUCCGCCGUCGCCAAAGUGAACCCCGCCUCCCGGUGGUCCAAGAUCAAGAUCGUGACCAAGCAGGCGGGCGACGAGUGCAUCACGGCCAUCGAGAUCGUCCCGCCCGUGGAGGGCGCCGAGAGGCACUCCAUCCCCAUCAGCCGCCCUCGGACCGUGGCCAGGAAGUUUGCGAGCAUCGCCCGGAGCCAAGUGAAGCGGAAAAGGCAGAUGGCUGCCAGGGAGAAGAAAGUGACCAAGACCAUCUUUGCCAUCUUGCUGGCUUUCAUCAUCACAUGGACACCGUACAACGUCAUGGUGCUGAUCUCCACCUUCUGUCAGUCCUGCGUCCCCGACACGGUGUGGGCGAUCGGCUACUGGCUGUGCUACGUCAACUCCACCAUCAACCCGGCUUGUUAUGCACUGUGCAAUGCCACCUUCAAGAAGACUUUCAAAAACCUGCUGCUGUGCCAGUACAAAAACAUAGGCACCAGAUGAGAUUGUAACAGAUGAGGAUGGGGGAGGGGUGGAAGAUGGCGACAGGUGAGUAAAUAAACAAGAAAACAGCAACUCGGGAAUGAGGAUGAAGUCAAACACUAUUGAAAAGUUCUUCCAAGAGACCUGACUCGGUGAAAAGAUAAAAAAUGUGUUUAAAGGCGACCUGGGAUUCUCUGAAAUCAACCGAACACGGCUCGCUGCCGGACAUGAAGAUGUUUAUGCACACACCAAAGCAGAAUCAAAGUUAAUGCCUUCAGUGUUGAGGUGUCUAGAAAGGGUCAGAGAAAAGGUCCAUUGGUGUGAAUAUGUAGUGGUGUUUGGAUGGACGGCCUCAAAGAGGGUUCAUGGAGUUUAUCUGCUGGAUUUGUCCCCAAUUUGUCGUUCAAACAAGGGCUGUAGUGCGGACCGCUGCUGUGUUUUCACAGCUCCGUUUAUCAUCCCCCCCGUCCAGUGUUUGAGACAGUGGAAUCCUCACCCCCCCAAACCCUCCUAACCACCGCCUGGCAGGAAUUAUAAUUACAGUCCUAUUCAAACUGACCACACAGGACACUGACGGUUGGCUGUGGUGAUCGCUCUGUCGUGUGAUUGGACUCUGAGCCAAAUUGUUGACAUCUAUUCUAUGCCAAAACAGCCGAGUGUGAAACCACGACGCAAACCAAACUGCAAGUCUGUACAGACGACAGGCUGCACCUGUCAGGUAGUCUUCUGUUUGUUUGGGCACUAAACUUUUACACUCAUCAAUCGCACACGCAUUCAGGGUGGUCCAUGAUGCUUACAUUAGUCUACUGGGGGCAACUAAGGAGUUCUUGUUCAAUGUGACUGCAGUAGCCAACUGUCUUCCAACAUCCACCAAUCCGCCAGCUGGCUCAACCAACCUUAUACUUGUGUCA